ACAUACAGUAGAGACUAGAGGGAGGGAGAUAAACCCUAAAUUAAGACAUAGCAGUACAGCACACAGAAGAGGGGUUGGGUUUAUCUAGGGUUUUAAAGCCCGAUUAUCUCUCUCUCUCUCUCGUCCAUCACCAGAUUGAAUAAAGCUUAGUAUUGCUAUUGUUAUUGAUUGAUAAUUGAAGAUGGAACAUGGUUCAGCUGAGGAUGAUUCAGCCUCCACAUUUUCAUUCACAGAUGAAGAUCACACCCUCGCCAAUACGCUCCGUUUCUCCCUCAAUCAAGAUCCGAGAGUCACAUUUUGCGGAUACAGCAUUCCUCAUCCAUCGCAACCUCGGGUGAAUAUAAGAGUGCAGACUACUGGAGAUCCAGCAAAUGAAAUAUUGAAAGAUUCCUGCCAGGAUUUAUUGAUGAUUUGCCAGCAUGCUAGGAAAACCUUUGAACAAGUUGUUCAAGAUUUUAAAAACAAGCAAGCUCUUGAAGCCAUGAACAUGGAACAAUAGAACUCUCUUGUGUUUUCAUUUAUUUUAAUUGACAAGUCACUCAUGACUUGUUAAUACAUUAUUGGCUUUGUAAUAGAGCUAUAUUUGAAUUUUUUUUAUUCAAUGGAAAUUUUUCCAUUUUUUUAUAAAUUAUAUUUUCAAAA